UAACUGUCCUAGUCAAGCUAGAGUGAAACGAUUAGACCUUUGGACAAUAAAUCCUCUCAUGAGGAUAAAGUAAGCAAUUUAUCUUGAUAGAACUGCUUUUCUUUUUGUAUCCGGAAAUCGUUUUUUCAUGGGUGACGUCACACCCAAAACUUCUUCUCAGGAAACCCAACCGAAACCUGGUAGUUCUGUGGUUUCGCUAGUGCACAGCUGUUAUAUACGCCAAAUACCCUUUAUUGGAAAAUUAUGAAGAAUGUUUUAUGAUAAAAUGCAUUAUCAGUAACCACAAUCGUUUGCUACGUUUUUAUAUCAAACCGCACUUGGCAGAUUAGGUUGUAAAAGCAAAAAAAMAAAAAAAACAACACCUUCCUAGCAACACUGAAGGCCUUGACAACGAAUGACCAAUAAGGUUGGUGGUAAGUCGAGACGGCUGACAGGUACAAAUAGACGAGUUUUCUUGUUUUGUAAGAGUAUUUGGCUGAAUUUGACAAUCUCUAAACGAAGGACUGACUUCUAACAGAAAAAAGAGAUUGUUCUUCAUCACGUCACAAAUGGGUGACAACGAUUCAUUGGUCCAGCGGUGUUACUUUCUGAAUUUCAUCACUGAAGACAUUGACCAAGUCAAACACAUCUAUAUCAUGGCAGGAUCUCUCGACGCCAUACUUAUUCUACCAACAAUAGUCUUGAAUAUUCUCUUGAUCAUCUCCUUGUACUGGUCUCCACAGCUCAACAAGCCAUGCACUAAACUUCUCUACAGUCUGGCCAUAUCAGAUGUUCUGGUUGGCAUGGUGAUUGAACCAGUGUAUUUGACCAAGAAGAUAGCAGAGCUACAACACUCGUUUGGGAUGUACUGUCGUUCAGGGAUGAUAAUGUAUCUUCUCGGAGGCGCUCUAGGUAGUGUGUCUUUCUUUACUCUCACUGCCAUAGCAGUUGAUAGGUACCUCGUGGUCCAUUCAGGGACCAAAUACCGAACAAUAGUCACUAAUACGAGGGUGGUAUGGAUAAUCAUAGCAAUAUGGGUCACAUCCGGCUGCCUUUAUUCUACUAAUCUGUUUCUACCAAAGUCAUUUUGCUUCAGGCUAGCAGCAAGUGUUAUGGUAUCUUGCGUUGUCAUAACAACGUUCUGUUACGUCAAAGGAUUUCUAACCUUAAGGAAUCAGAAGCGAAAGGUUCAAAACUGUUUGAAUAAUGAUAUUAAAGGACAACCCUCGACCAACACUCGGCGAUACGAGAAAUCCAUGUAUACCAUGUUGUACAUCUUCCUCGCCUUCAACCUGUGUUAUUUACCCUACCUAUGUACCGCGGUGUCUGUUGGGAUACUAGGGGAGUCCGCAGCUAUCUGGGGUGCAGAGAGCUUGUCUGUUGUUCUCAUUUUUACCAAUUCUCUCAUCAAUCCUAUAAUAUUGUUCUGGAGGAUGAAGGAGAUUCAGAAUGCUGUUACUACAACAGUCGUGAUGAUAUAUUCGAGAUCAUCUCAUUUUGUCAUUCAGGACACGUCCCACGCAGGGAACCACGAAUAGACUGACGGACAUCGGAAAACCCUUAGCAACCGAAGGCAGAAAAUUAGGCAGAAAAUGGACAUAAUAUAUAUUAGUAUAAUGAUAACGAUUAUCUAGUGACACAUUUGUAGUCGAUGAGGUUAGAGCAGCGUACGCAGACCUACCGGAUGUAAUGUUAUGGUCUAAAGAUGGCGUUGAGGAUGAUAGUGGUGGUGAUGAUGGUGAUAAUGAUGGUGGUUAUGAUGGAGAUGAUGAUGGUGGUGAUAAUGAUUAUGAUGGUGAUGAUGGUGAUGAUGAUAGUGAUGAUAAUGGUGAUAAUGAUUUAAUGAUGAUGUUGGUGUUGAUAAUGAGGCGAUGAUAGUGAUGAUGAUGAUACGUGAUAGUGAUGACUAUGGUGACGAUAAUAAUAAUAAUGCUUAAUAAAACGCAACUUUAACAUAUGGAUAUGAUCAAAUGCGCAUACAAUAUCAUAAGACAACGAAAGCAAUAAAAUUUUUUUU